AUGUCUAGUAGCUCAUUUGAAUAUGCUCUUCCAAUGCAAAACGAUCACUCAGGCAAUCUCAAUCUGCAGACUCAGGCUGUAACAGAUGUUUCAACAACAGGAGAAUUCUCAUUCUGGGGAACUCUUCAUUCACUUGAUCAACAUAUUCCAGAAUGCAAGUUUGAUCAGUUUUCAAGGGUAAUUCAUAAUGGCCGUACGAGUCAACCUCCAAGUCCAGUUAUGUAUUGUCGUCAAUUUUCAAAUAUUAUAAUUGAUCUUCCAAUUGCAAGACUUACAGAAAUGAUUUCUCGUACUCAUUGUAUUGUACAAAGAAAAUCUGAUAAAGAACCAUAUUUCAAUUUACAAAAUGUAUCAGAAUGGAAAGAUUAUCAAGCUAAACAUGGCAUCUUUCUGAAUGGCAAAAAACUUGAAUAUAACAAAUGGACUGAGUUGCAAAAUGGUGAUAAAAUUACUCUCCUACUUGGUAAUUCUCUAGAAAAAUCACUUGAUAUACUAAAAUGCCUUAUAGUGAUUGAUAAUGAAUAUUGGGAAGCAGGUUAG